UAGAGGGCGCCACUGCUAGAGGGGCGCUGUCGCUAGAGAGUGCUGCCGCUAUAGGGCGCCACUGCUAGAGGGCGCUGUCGCUAGAGGGUGCUGUUGCUAGAUCGCGCCGCCGCUAGAGGGGCGCCGCCACCACCGCCACUAGAGGGGCGUCUCUGCCUCCGUCACUAGAGGGCGACAUGCAUCUGUACUUUGAGAAGAACGAGCACGCGCGCAGUGACUGCUCCGUGCUGUCGCUGUCCUGGAUGGGGAAGGUUCCCGACGACUCCCCGGACGACUCCGGAUGGAAGCUCGACCGCUCCAACUACUACCAGGAGGGCUGGCUGGCGUCGGGCAACGUGCGCGGCGUCGUCGGUGUCACGUUCACCGCCUGCCACUGUAGGGCGCCACUCGACCCGCCGCCGCGCAUGAACUUCAACCUUCGCGGCCAUCGCUCCGAGAUGUGCAGAGAUAUGGAUUCUGGUUACACUAGGCGGAGGCCGAACGAGGAAAUCCGAUUGUCAGUGGAUUUGGCACACUGA